AUGUUCCUGAUCGAGAACGGAUAUUUCGGAUGUCCCCAGAGCCUGACAUUCGAGAAACUACUGGUCAUCGCUUUCCGGGAUUUCAAAGCAUUCCAACGCCACACCGGUCAGAAAUGCUCACAAACUAAGUUUGUGCCGAGGUUUGUUUGGAAGCCUGCGACACAUGGGGCUCAUAUGGGCCACAAAGGGCACAAUGGCAAGAUCAUCGCUUACUGGCUUGGCGAUUGUGUGCAAAAGGCUGUGGCACGAUCUACGGAGCCCCACCGAGAAAUCUGCAAGUGGCUACUUCAAAGCCAAGCCUGGCCGACUGACGAACGACUAGAACUUAUUGCAGUGACAAUGCAAUCGCUGUGUGCUUGGUUCCAGGAAGUGGAAAAGCAUGGUCGGUACCUGACUGUGGCAGCAGCCGAUACAAUCUAUGACCAUGGUAUGAAGUACCUCCGGUGCCACCUCGUGCUGUGCAAGAUUUCUAUGAGGAUGAUGAAGCUUCAUUGGCAUAUCCGUCCGAAAAUGCAUGCCUUUCACCAUCAGUUGAAAGACGUUCGAUGUCGACGAUUGAACACGAGGCACUUCCACACGUUCCGGGAAGAAGAUGCCAUGAGGUGGCUUAAGGGGGUCGCUCAUCGGAGCGACAAAAAAAAUUUGGAGCAUGCAGUGAUCAAGUACAGCAGAUAUCGUCUGCUUUCGAUGAGACGUAGAAUGUGUCACCUGAACCGCAAUGCGACCGAAAGAAAUCGCUUAAAAAUCUGGGGGCGCACUCGCCGGUGA